AUGGUACGAGUAUUCGUUAAGUGGGGAAAGGAACGAUUCGAAGUGGAUGCAAAUAUGGAAGAUCCACCGCUUCAACUGAAAUCACAACUAUUUUCUUUAACAGGUGUGAACCCGGAUCGACAAAAAGUACUCGUUAAAGGUAGAAUUCUUGAUGAUAAUAGUUGGAAUGGUUGUGAGUUAAAAGAUGGUAUGGUAAUGAUGAUGAUUGGUAGUGGUGGCGUGGUCCCACCACCUCCACUAAUUAAUCGUCCAGAAGAAAACUCUGAGUGUAUGGAAGCUGAGACAUCAAAUUCAAUCGUUCUGCCAGCAGGUUUGAAGAAUCUAGGCAACACAUGCUACCUGAAUGCGACUUUACAGUGUUUCAAGGUAAUACCAGAAUUGAGGGAUGCGCUAAACAAAUAUUCUGAAUCAGUUCAAAGUGCUUCCGUUGAUAGUGACGGUGGCUCAAAAGCUCUUACAGCUGCCGUUCGUGAUUUGUAUCGGAUGAUGGAUAAUCAGAAGUCGAAAAAUUACGGUGGUGUCAUUCCACUUAUUAUGAUACAGGUAGUACAUAAUGUCUUUCCACAAUUUGCGGCACGAGACGAGCACGGAUGGAUGCAACAAGAUGCAAAUGAGUGCUGGACUGAACUACUUCGAGCUCUUCAGACGCAAUUAAAAGUUGCAGAUCACGAAUCAGCUUCAAAGGAUCGCUUGGCAUCCAUCGUUUCAAGAUAUAUGGAAGGUAGGUUCAAGAUUGAAAUGAAGAAUCUGGAAUCCGAUGCAGAACCUGUUAGUGUUACAAAAGAAAGUUUUUUGCAGCUAAGUUGUUUUCUUAGCCAGGAAGUAAAGUAUGUGCAACUAGGCAUUAAAAGUAAAUUGACGGAGGAAAUUACAAAAAAUUCAGCAGUACUUGGUCGUAAUGCUAGAUAUGAAAAAAAGACUUUGAUUGAUCGCCUUCCAGCAUAUCUCUCAAUACAGAUGGUUCGGUUUUUCUACAAGGAAAAGGAUAAAGUCAAUGCAAAGAUUUUAAAGGAUGUUAAAUUUCCUCUCAUACUUGAUUUAUACGAUAUGUGCACGCUCGAAUUACAACAGAAACUAUUACCGGCACGUGAUGCCUUCAAAGAGGAGGAGGACAAGAAAGUCGAAAUAUUGAGAGCAUCAAAAACCUCUGAUGUAACUCCCGGUCCGGAUGAGAGUGGAAAAAUAGAAAAAGCUGUUCCUUUUAGUUUUAGCGAUGAUCCUGGAUCAAAUAACAGUGGAUAUUAUGAGCUGCAGGGAGUUAUAACACACAAAGGUCGUUCAUCCAGUAGUGGACAUUAUGUUGCGUGGGUUCGCUUGAAAGGAAAUCACUGGGCUAUGUGCGACGAUGAUGAAGUACAUCCAGUCACUACGGAAGAUAUUUUGAAAUUAUCAGGUGGUGGUGAUUGGCAUUGUGCGUACGUAUUACUUUAUGGUCCAAGAAUAUUGAAGAAGUGA